AUGGCGCAGUACUUUUUUGACCUUCUUUACACCUUCACGGAUUGCAUGUGCUGCUUUCCUAGUUCUCCACAGCUGAAAAUCAACAACCGUAGCUUCAAGCUACUCCGGCUACUGGGUGAGGGAGGGUUUUCCUAUGUCUACUUGGUCCAAGACAAAAGUACCUCUGAAUUGUUCGCCUUGAAGAAAAUACGAUGUCCAUUCGGCCAAGAAUCCGUGUCGCAAGCGCUGAAAGAAGUGGAGGCGUACAGCCUUUUCACACCGAAUCCCUAUAUUAUUCAGUCUUAUGACCAUUGCGUGGUGAACGAAUCAGCGAACAAAUUCCGAGGUGGUGACGAUUCAAGUUCCAAAACUGUCUAUAUUCUUCUUCCCUACUAUCAGCGCGGCAACCUCCAAGAUGCCAUCAACGCGAACCUCGUCAAUCAUACCAGUUUCCCCGAGAAGGAAUUGAUGACGCUUAUGCUGGGUGUUGCCAAAGCCCUGAAAGCUAUGCAUCAAUAUAGAGUGAAGAGUGGUUCUGCAUCUACCCGUCAAGCCAGGGGUGUGCGGAUAGAAGGGGAAGAAGCGGAUGAAGAGCUGUCGAGGAAAGUUGGAAAACCGAAACGAAGAAAUACGCAUGGCAUGGAUGAGGAUGUUGAGCAGGAACCGUUGAUGGAUGAUGAGGUGACUCGCAGUCAGGAAGGUGUGGGUGAAGGAGAAUUCCGACCUUAUGCCCACCGAGAUAUCAAACCUGGAAACAUUAUGAUUGACGACGACGGAAGAACGCCAAUUCUGAUGGACUUGGGCUCCCUUGCCCCAAGCCCGAUUGCAAUUACGUCACGAUCUCUCGCCUUGGCAGUACAAGAUACGGCGGCAGAGCACAGCACGAUGCCAUACCGAGCACCCGAGUUAUUCGACGUGAAGACUGGCUCCAUCAUCGACACCAAAGUCGACAUUUGGUCGCUUGGCUGCACCCUUUAUGCCUGCUUAGUCGGCAAAAGCCCGUUCGAAGCCCGAAGCGAGGAAACCGGAGGUAGCUUGAGCAUGUGCGUUCUAGGUGGUGAUUGGCGAUUCCCAGAUGAAAACGCUAGCAGUGCUAAAGGAAAGGCCAAAUCUAACACUCCUGCUGCAUCCGGAUCGUCACAGUCUUCUGGCGAAGGCGGGAUCAGUGAGUCCGUCAAGGAUAUUGUCCGGAAAUGCCUGCAGGUUGAACCUGCUGAGCGGCCGGAUAUUGAUGAGCUCAUUCAACUCAUUCAAGACGCGAUCAAGUCAUUACCUGACGGACCGGAGUAG